CUCGAACAAAGACCAGAAAGAGAAUGAAACGAUGGUAUAAGUGAGGAUGAGGAACGGGGUCCGGUGAGGAGUCCGGCCGGAGCAGUUGCCACCGCACAACGCAUCAUCGCUCACCGGAGUGGCCGCCGGGCUGGUUUCACGGUUUGAAGAGUAGCUACUAGCGGUUGCCGCCAGACCACGCCGUGCUACCAGGCCGACCUAGGACGUCCUCAGCCGCCACCGUUCCAAUUAUUCCGUCAUCAAUAAGGUAAUGAUGACUAUGUUGAUUGAUGAUUGCAUGCGCCUGAGAGCGACGUAGAAGAUGCCUUAGUAAAACUUAGACAAGAAUAAACCUUUCAGUUAUGUUGAACAUUUGUUUUAGUUUACUUUGUUUUGUGAUUGCCUGUGCAUUCGGUUAAGAGAUGACUGGAUGUGGCGGUAACACCCAUUUCCCAUUUAAUAAUGUUUCCGCUGCAAAACUUUUUAUCUGUUUUGAAAGAAUAAAUAAAGUUUAUUAUUAAUAAAUCCAUUAUUUCAAGUAUUAUUUUGGGAGGGAAAAUUGGGGGUGUUACAGCCAUUUCCCUGGUUUUCCACCUCGUUCGAGAUUGUAUCCGAGGGUUAAGCCCAAUAUUUAGGACUUAGCCAUUUUCCCGAUUUUCCCCCCCUAUUCGGCCUUCAGGCAUGAUAGAUGUCUUGAGAUAGGUAUUCUGGGAACAUUUUCAUACCUGUCCGGCGAAGAACUAGUAGUCACUAAGAGUGGACAUAGAGUGCGUUCAUUUUUCUAUCCAUCUUGAUUGUAUGGAAUAUCCUUGUGAUGUCAACCGAGUACUUAUUUUGAAUAGCUUUGGGUUUCAUUUCCCGUUCGGUGCAUCUGACCAUUUCAAUUCUUGCUUGCUACCGAUCUCUGGUUUGGAUGACCGUUCGGGUAUCUCUGGUGUUCGCGACGCUUUUAUUGCUUUCAACCGUUUGUGCCACGUGUCAGUAAUUGAUUUGAGCUCUUGGUGGCAGUCUUCCUUUAUAAGGACGCAGCUGUUUCCUUUUAGAAUUUCUGCUACUUCUUUAGAUUUCUUUCUCCUUCAGGUUUUUUCUCUCUAGAAACUUAUUUGUUCCUUGGUUUUAUGUCUGGUUUCCUUAGCUCUUCUGAUUCUGAGGAAAUGGCACCCAAACUAAUCCGUCGUCCUAGGAGAAAGGCUUAUCCUAGCCAUCAAGAAGGCCCUUCUGCCCGAUCAUCACGUUCCGAUGAUUCUUCCUCAUCUCCUAGAACUGAACAGCCCCUCCCAGAUGAUGGGUGCAUAUCUGGUGAUGACCUUGCCAUUUAUGAGAGGGGGAUGCCCGAACGGCCCCCUCGUUAUAGUUUAAACUUUCACUGCAUUAGGAAGCAGUGUCAAUGCCUUCUUGCAGAUGCCGAGCAGUCGCUCCGCCAAUUGUUGCCUCCUCCCCGCGAGUUUUAUGCGGGCUUCAUUAAACACCCAACGAGGCACCGUUCGGGGUUUGUCUUGGUCCAUAUGGAUGCUUUGGUAGCCGGUCUCUGGUUCCCCAUGCAUCCAUUCAUCAUUGACUUCCUACGCCGGGUCUCGAUGCUGCCGGCACAGUUCGUGCCCAGCACCUAUAGGAUCUUGACCGGCUUCAUCGUCCGGUGUCACGACAUGGGCCUUGUCCCGAACGUCGACCUGUUUCUGUACCACUACAGUUACCAGCCCUACUGGUCCACGGGGUACCUACGGUCAGGGACGGAUCCAGGAAAUUGACUCAAGGGGGGCGAAAUUUUUCGUUAGUGUACGGGCUACGGUUGGUUGCUCGCCCCUUCCGUCAAUUAUUCAUUGAGAACCCGACCGCCCCGGAGAAGUGGGAGGAACGGUUUCUCUUUGUUCGUGUGGGGGAAUCACUACUGUUCCCCGAUCGGCGGAACACCUAUCCGGUUCAGAACACUAUUCCUGUCCUGGAUGCCACGCUGAAAUGCCAGUAUGAUAGGUUUCAUCUGGAGGGCUCAAAGAACCUCCGUGCCUAUCUCACGCCUUCCAAGCUCUUGGCCGCUGGGAUUGGUGUAAUCCCUCCUUCUUCGAAGCGUCCAACUCCCACCCCCUCCUCGACCGUUCAUGCGGGUAAAGGCAAGGGAAAGGUAACUGUGGGUGCUGGAAAGCUGGCCCAGCAAUCAGGAUCUUCUGCGACUCAAGCUUCUGACCAGGCCCGGA